AUGACAGAAGCAGCAGCAGCAACCAUUGAAGGCAGCAGCAGCGCUGCUGCUGCUGCUCCUUUCUUCCCCCUUGUCUGCCUUGUUGCUGCUGCUGCUCUCCUCUUCUAA